AUGCCACGUCCGGUACCCAAGUCUUUACUGCUACGUCAAGCCAGACGUCUUUCUCCGGCAACUCAAGCACCAACCCCAACAUUAGGUGCUUUAAUAUCACAAUUCACACUUUCAGAUAAUUUCGAUGAGACAACUUUAGAAGAACAAUACGAACAACUGAAGCCUCUUCUGACCAGUAUAACAUUGACAAAUGUGCCCUUUGACACCUGGACUUCCAAUGAUAUUAACGUACUAAAACACCAUCUUGAUGCAAAGGCACCGCUGCCUUGGAAAUUUUUAACCGAUGACGAAAAACGAGUGUGGUAUCUUUUGGGGUUUGGAACUUGGGGUCCGCGGAAAGAGUUCAAUAAGGUAAAACCUAAUGACAUUCAGUGGAAUGCGAAUGCUAAGGUAAGUUCCAAUCAAAGCGAUGUUCCUAAGGUGGUGACACCUAUACCGAUUUGUUCAAGUGACAGAAUCGAAUGGGAAAAGAAAAAGAGACAACUAGAUCCGCUAACAAUAUCAGUGGGCGUAUUCGCCUCGAUGAUCACUCUCACAGCAUUCCUUGUAUAA